AUGGCAAUACCGAAUACAAUUUCAUCAACAAGCAGCGAAACGAUAAUCCAGCGACACGAAGCACCAAAUGCGACUCAACCAGCGAAUGACUAUGAUCCUAUAAACCCAAUACAGGAUAUAACUUCACCAGCAACGACGAAACGAAGCUAUGUCGAAGCACCAAAUGCGACUCAACUAGCGAAUGACUAUGAUCCCAUAAACAGUGAUACAGGAUAUAACUUCACCAGUAACGACGAAACGCAAGCAACAACGACUAUUGGAAACAGCGAUACAGGAUACAACUCCACAGCAACGAUGAAAUGGCAAUCCAACGACGUGACUUUACCAGUGAAUGAUGCACUGGGAACAACGUUACAGAAUACAACUCCACCAGCAACGACGAAAUGCAACAACGCGAUUAAAAAGAAGACUGG